UACACUUUUCUCUUCGGCUAUGGCGGUUGAUAGUAAGAUGGGUCUACUCAUGAUGAUGAUGAUGGCCGGAAUAGCUAUUGUUUCUGCAAACGAUCCCGAUGCUCUUCAAGAUGUUUGUGUCGCCGAUCUCAACUCGGCUGUGAAGGUGAAUGGAUUUCCUUGUAAGGCGACAUUUAAUGCGACGGAUUUCUUUACCGACGUUCUAGCCAAGCCCGGGCUAACAAACAACACAAAUGGUGCUCUUGUAACCCUAGCAAACGUUCAAAAAAUCCCGGGUCUCAACACCCUAGGAGUCUCUCUUGCACGUAUCGAUUAUGCCCCAGGAGGCAUAAACCCUCCUCACACCCACCCUAGAGCUACCGAGAUAGUCUAUGUUCUCGAGGGAGAGCUCUUAGUUGGAUUUAUCACAACCGCCAAUGUUUUGGUGUCAAAAUCCAUCAAGAAAGGAGAAGUUUUCGUUUUCCCGAAAGGGUUGGUACAUUUUCAGAUUAACAACGGUUAUGUUCCUGCAGCCGUGAUUGCUGCCUUUAACAGCCAGCUUCAAGGGACCGUUUCGAUCGCUGUGACACUGUUUGGCGCGACCCCUCCCGUGCCUGAUAAUGUUUUGGCAAAGGGUUUUCAGAUUGAUACUGCGGAUGUUUUGAAGAUUAAGGCCAAAUUUGCACCCAAACCUUAAAAAAAUAUAUUGUGGUUUUAAUUCUUCUUUUGAAUUUCAUAAUGUUUGUGUAAUG